UGACGAUAGCAUGUGUUUAAUUUCAGAUUAAGCUGCCGAUUGUGUCAGGAAAAGAAGUAAUUAGUGAAACCCGUAACAUGGCACAAGUACGUUGUCUUUCGCCACAGCUCGCGCAUCAGGCCCACGAGGAAUUGGGUGAGAUUAAUGGUAAAGUUGAGGAUGAUCUUGUUGCCCUCAAGGUGUGGAUAUCAAAGCAAGCACAUCUUACAGCAAGAACUGACGAUCAAUUCUUGAUAGCUUUCCUCCGUGGAUGCAAAUAUAGCUUAGAGCGAGCUAAAGAAAAGAUUGACAUGUACUACACCAUUCGUACGGCAAUUCCCGAGUUCUUUGUUGAUCGUGAUCCUCAAAAUAAGAAAUUGCUGGAAGUUCUUCGUUUGGGCCUCUCUCUACCACUACCCACACCCGUUGAAAGCAAUGGAUCGCGCAUUCUUCUCGUUAAGCAGGGUGCAUAUGAUCCCUCGAAGGUUUCCAUUGUGGAUGUCUUGAAGAUCAGCUACAUGAUUACCGAUGUUAUGAUUUGGGAAGAUGACAAUUGCACCGUAGCAGGUCAGACGAUUCUUGUUGACUUGCAAGGACUCUCAUUUGGGCAUUUAACACAAGUAACACCGACUCUCUUGAAAAAAAUGACAUCAAGCAUCCAGGAAGCAUAUCCAAUUCGCCAAAAGGGUAUGCAUUUUAUUAAUCCAAUGCCAGGUUUUGAGUCUCUCUUCAAAAUUUUCCACAGCUUUUUGAGUGAGAAAAUCAAGAAACGAACAUUUGUACAUGGAUCUCUUGAGGAGCUUCAUAAGCACAUCCCAAAGAGCCUCUUACCUACGGAAUAUGGUGGAGAUGCUGGGCCAGUUCAGCAAAUUAUUGAUGAUUGGACAGAUAAAUUACUAUCAAAGAGAGAUUGGUUUCUCGAUGAUGUGAGGUACAAGAGUGAUGAGAAGAAACGCGUAGGAAAAGCCAAAAAUGCCGAUAUUCUAAUGCAAGGAUCAUUCAGAAGUUUGGACUUUAAGAAAAAAAAAAGAAAUAUGCCAAAUAUUCGACCCUUACCUGAGGCAUUGGCUCAAAAAGCUGCCAAAGAACUCAAUGAAGUACCCGAAAGGAUUGAUGAAGACUUGGCGACCCUUCGUACCUGGAUUGCCAAGCAGCCGCAUUUGAAGGCACGCACGGAUGAUCAAUUCCUUGUAGCCUUCCUCCGGGGAUGCAAGUACUCAUUGGAGAGAGCAAAGCAGAAGAUUGAUCUCUUCUACAGUGUUCGUAGCAACUUCAAGGAUAUCAUGAGUGAUCGUGAUCCGAUGAGUGAAAAAAAUUUGGAUAUCAUAAGAUUAGGUGUUGGACUCCCAUUACCCAAUACCAUUACGCCAGAUGGUCCAAGGAUUAUUCUCAUACGUCCCGGUGUCUAUGAAGCUGACAAGUAUGAUAUUCUCGAUGUGAUGCGCAUCAGUAUUAUGGCCAAUGACAUUUCAAUGCUUGAAGAUGAUCAUAUGAUGGUAGCUGGUCAAAUGGGAAUUUUGGAUCUUUCAAACGUUACAAUGGCGCACUUUCUUCAAUUUUCACCCACUCUUGUAAAAAAGAUGACUGUCAUGAAUCAAGAAGCCCUACCAAUUCGUCUGAAAGGUUUCCACUAUAUCAAUACACCAGCAGGAUUUGAGACCGUCUACAAUUUGUUUAGAAAAUUCCUCAAUGAGAAGAACAGAAAUCGACUUCAUGUACAUGGAGACAACUUGGAGAGCCUGUACGAGCAUAUCCCAAAGAAACUCUUGCCAAAGGAAUAUGGUGGUGAAGCUGGUUCUGUGAAGGAGUUAACUGUAAAGUGGGAGAAGAAAUUCAUGGACUAUCGUGACUACUUUCUCGAGGAAGCCAAAUACGGUACAGAUGAGAAGAAACGUCCUGGCCGACCUAAAACUGAAGAAACAAUCUUUGGCAUUGAUGGAUCCUUCCGGAAACUUAAUGUUGAUUGAACAAGAAGGAAAAACUUUUAUUAAAGCACACCUGUACUCAAAA